AUGAGUGGAAGUGUUCCCAUCGUAACCGGGAUCAUUGCAACCGCACUUCCAACAGCUAGCGGAGCUCAAAAUAAUUCUGUUGCUGCCUUACCCACAUCUGGCGUGUACGGCAACUCUGUCUAUCCCGCCAAUGCCGUGUUUGUGACACCUACAGCCAGUAAAUCUGUUUCACCCCUUUACCGUAUUGAUAAUAAAGAAAAUGUGACAUUUGCCUGGUCUUACUCCAAUUUAUUGGUAAGACCUGCUUCAUUAACCAUGGCCGCUGUUGCUCCUAACGGUGUAACUUAUACCAUCGGCACCAUGGCUGGUGAUGCUACCACUGCUGUUUGGCAGAUGAAGGAUGUGCCUGCUGCUUCUCCUCUCAUGAUGGGUAUGUACAAGGUUCAAUUAUAUGAUCAACGCGGUGUGAGUGCCACUCCUCAGCCAGGUUGGUUAGCUCCUGCUACUACUUUAACUAUUGCCUUUUAUUCUGCUGAAUCAUACCAGCCCGUAACCGGAAGCGGAUAUUGUCCCACAUGUUUUUAUAAUGCAGGUAAAAGAGUGUCAGAAAGUUUGGGCCCUAUUAUGAUGGCUCUAGGUGUUGCAUGCAUUACUUCUUCCAUGAUCAUUUAUGGACUUUUGUACUAA